ACUGUGUUUCUCUUCAGUAAGCGAACUCUGAACAUCGAGAGGCUGGAGGCUCAGUUGAAGGCUUGCCAUUGCUCCUUUACUUUCACUAAAAUCAAGCCGUCGCUGCUGGCUUUGGCUCUUCUGGCUCUGGAGAUCGAAGAUCAGCACGAGUGUGAGCCGGUUCCUGCUCUCAGAGAAGCUCUCGGUGCGCUACAGCAGAGUUUGACUGUUAAAGCUGGAGACCUGGUUUGCGUGAGGGAGCUGGUGGCUAAAUGCCUGGCUGAAUACGCCAGCACCAAGUGCCUGAAGCCAAACGGCCAGAGACUGCGAUGGAUGAUUUCAGGUCGAACCGCCAGACAACUGAAGCACAGCUACUACAAGAUCGCCCAUCUACCCACGAUCCCUGAAUACGCUUGUUAAGACACUUGGUGUCGAGCGCCCGUAACAAAAACCUGCUAAAUGCAGUCGUGUGAAUGCUUUAAUACUUCUAAUCUGUGUUAUGGGCACCCAACACUAAUUUCUCUACUUCUCCUUUCCUCAGUCUUUGUUCUCUUUGACACCUGCCAUGAUUGUAUUUAUUUCACGUCUUGAUUGCUAGUCAAGGGUGAGUUUGAGCAAGCAAGGCUUGCACGUGAACAGUAUGUUCAUCUGAAUCGGUGCGAGACGCGCCGGUUGUUUGAAGCAAUGAAGUAUAGAGCCGCCUAGGUCCUCAGUCCACCAUGUGGAAGAGGAGGGAGAAGGGUUUUGAGAUUCAAGACAACAACAGAACCAAGAGAUCAGGCCCAAAACCCUUCACUCCCACCCUAGGCUGUCAGCUGUCGUAAUGCACACUCCUACCCAAGGUGACGAAACAAGAUUUAAAAAUUUUUUUUUGGUUUUCUUUUGUUUAUUAUGCUGAAAUCUGGAUGGCUAUGGAAAUGCAGGUUUUAAAUAUGCCUCUAAUAAUAAGAAAAAUCGCUAAUGACUGACUAACUGACCAGGCUGAAGCUCAUUUUACAUUUGAGUUAUUACUACAGUCUUGUGUAACCGUGAGCAUUUGUUCUAUACCUGGUAUAUAACACAGAAAUGAGUGCUACAAAUAAAGCGGAUUGAAUUGAGACUGGAAAUUGAGAGCAGCGUUCUGCAAAAUGAUGUAGUUGAACCUUUCAAUAAAACCUUAUUGGAAUGCAAAA